CAAGAAUAGCCGGGGUGGUAGGCUUGGCUGCCAUCACUGGUAACUGUGGACACCCACUCCAGUCCCUUCGCAGGAGCCUGGUGGACCCAAUUCAUCCAGUAGCUGCUGAAGGUGAACCCAGAGGCUUGGCAGGUAGGUGCCUUAUCCGCCUCCGGGCAACUUCAAAUUUAGAAUUCAAAUGUUGGCUCUAACUCAGCGCCCUGAUAUUUUCAAUGAAACCAGCUGGAAAAUGGAAUUUCUCAGACCUUCUUAAAGAGGAAAAAUUGGUGUAAUCUCUACAUGGAUUCACUGUAAAUCAGAGGAGUAGUAUCGAUAGGCUUGGAAGAGACCUGUAAGGUCCUUGAAAUAGAGGAAGGAAAACAGCCUGGAUCACGGAAUAUUUACCGGCGAGUGUCUGGAGAGCAAUAUCAAAGGAGUAUAAGGCCAGCAGUACCAAACUUGAGACGCUGGUGUUGAAUCAGGGAGGGGCAGCUCAUGACAAGUGAGAGGAUUCAUGGAGGAGUUUCAAGCCAAGGCUGACAUUGGACAUGGCGGAAAGAAACGAAACAGCUGUGUCUGAGUUCAUCCUAGUGGGAUUUUCCAGUCUUGGUGAGAAACUGAAGAUUUUCCUCUUCCUGGUUCUUCUCCUCAUCUACCUGAUCACAAUAACAGGGAACGUGGUCAUCAUUUUCGUAGUGUGGGUGAAUCCCCGACUCCACUCUGCCAUGUACUUUUUCAUCGCCAAUUUGUCCUUCUUGGAAACGUGGUUCACCUCGGUCACAAGCCCUAAGCUGAUGCUGAACUUUCUCUCAAUCAGCCGAACCAUUUCGUUCCAUGGCUGCAUGGCCCAGUCCUUCUUCUAUUUUGCUUUGGGUGGUACAGAGUUAGCCUUCCUAGUGGUCAUGUCCUUUGAUCGCUAUGUUGCCAUCUGCCGCCCUUUGCAAUACGCCACCGUCAUGGAGCAGAGAUUCUGCAUCCAGCUAGUUCUUGGUACAUGGGUGGGAGGUUUUAUGCUUAUGAGUUUACGGAUGCUCCUGUUUUCGAAGUUGAGUUUCUGUGGGCCGAAUGUGAUCAACCAUUUCUUCUGUGACAACACACCCCUUUUCCUACUGUCCUGCUCUGACACCAGUAGGGUUAGAAGGGUGGAUUCUAUUUUGAUCUCAAUUUUAGUGCUGAGCUCAUUAGGCCUAACAAUGUUGUCAUAUGUGAGCAUCUUAUUUUCUAUUCUCCGAAUCCCAACGGCCACAGGCAGACAGAAAGCUUUUGCUACCUGUGGCUCCCAUCUCACCUCUUUGGCAAUUGCCUACGGAAGCUGCAUUGUGUUGUAUGCCAGGCCUUCAGGAAGUUCCUCCUUGGAUGUCAACAAAGGGGUGGCUCUGCUGAACACCGUACUGUACCCUUUCCUCAACCCCUUUAUCUACAGCCUCAGAAACAAGACUGUGAAACUCGCCCUGAGAGAAAUGUUUAGGCUGGGUACUGAAAAGUUGCUCCCCGAUCUGUGACAUGCUUCCAAAUAGAUACAAGAAAAGCAACAGAAAGAUAAUGGAAGGGCAUGAAUCGAUCCACUAAUCUGAAGUCCAAUUUUGUGUAAUACUCCUUCCUUCACAUGUAUUUUCUAUAAAUAAAUGUUCAGUUAAUUCUAUUAUUCAAGAAAAUAAUUAGAAUAAAUAAACCUUCCUUUAAAGUGCUGAACUGUCGCCCACUUGAGAUCAAUGUGCAAUUAUCCACAGAACAAACACCGCACGGAUAGUAGCAGAGCAAGUUUCCUUCAGGCCACACCACUUUCAAUAGGACUUGGGUACCAAAUAUCUGUUAGGCACUUUUUUCUCUUCAUGACUAUGGUUUCUGAGGACUUCACAGCACCCUUGCAUGGUAGGAAAACAUUAUCUUUAAUUUUUAUUGAUAGGGAACUUAGCCAAUGGUUAGAAUAAAUGAAUUGCCCAAGGUCAGACAAGAAAUCUGUGGCUGUGCUAGGAUUUAAAGUCAGGUUUCCUGAGUCCAAGAUUGCUCAAAAAUCCAAUGGACUAAGACCACAGGAUGUAUGGAGAAAUAUUCAGCAGCCUCAUAUCUCGAAUGUCAGAUUUCAGACCUUCAUCAUUUCUAUCAGUAGCUGUAGAAGGUUAGUCACAGUAUGGAGGUUUCUUAGAUACAGAAUGAAUUGCCAGAGAGAGAUUCUUCAGCUGCAGUUCCUGCUGGUUUGCAGACAUUCCUGCGAUAUGAAAGACACCGGGUCAACUCCCAGCUUCAAAUCAGGCCAUAUAGUGUUUGGAAUCUGUAUCUCCCAUGUUCCAAGACAUUAUCCAAACCAUAGGCCUCUAGGGUCAGAGCUGGUUUGUCUCUAGAAUUGACUAAUAACACUACCCUGAACAGAGAAACUCUUUCAUAAUUCAUGUCCAAAUGUCUAGGAUUUAUUCUGAUGCAGAAUGAGAACACAUUUCCCACCAUCUCCC